GCAGCCUGUGCAGGGCCCCUCUGGCGAUCAGCCGCGAGUGAGUUUGGCCGCCGCAGUGUCUUUUUGGCAGCGCCCAGAGCCUGGCGAAAAAAGCCAAAGCCCGAAACCGAGGCCCGAAAACCGAAAAACUCGGCGCAGCGCAGCGCAGACAGAACAGACAAGACUUGCAUACACUUCCACUCUGCCUGCUGGCUGCCCAACUCAAUUCGUUUCAUUCGUUUUGUAUUCCGUUUUCCGUUCGUGUACCGAGUUUGCUGCGAGUUCGUUUUUAGUAUAUAUAGCAUAUAUAGCCAGUCUGUGGACGGUCGUCAAUGCGUGAAUAUUCUUCUAUGUCUAACAUAACCUCAAAAUCGCCGCUGCAGUCGGACAAGUCGUCAUCAGCGUCAAGCGUUGUUGUUGGUGGUUCCUGGUGUUUUCCAGUCGCCGCCACCGCAUCGAGCCAUCAGGAGCCCCACCAGCAGAUGAGCAACCAUGAAUGAAAAAAUAAAGUCUCCGCAAACGCAGCAGUCGCAGCAGCAGCCCGGUGGCGCUGGUGCUGGAGCUCCUGCCCCCUCUGCCACGCCCCCGUCGGCGGCAGGUGCCACACCGCCAACUUCGGGCCCGCCCACUCCCAAUAAUAACAGUAACAACGGCAGUGACCCCAGCGUCCAGCAGCAGAGUAUAGCGCCUCACCCCUAUGGUGCCCCACCACCCCCUGGCUCCGCACCCGGCGGUCCGCCAGACCCGGCUGCUGUCAUGCAUUAUCAUCACCUGCACCAGCAGCAGCAGCACCCGCCGCCGCCUCACAUGCAGCAACAACAACAGCCGCACCACGGCGGACCGGCGCCACCACCGCCCGGAGGAGCACCUGAGCAUGCGCCCGGCGUUAAGGAGGACUACGCUCACCUGCCGCCACCGCAUUCGCAUCCUGCGUAUGCCCGCUACCACACCGAUCCCAACAUGGAUCCCUACCGUUACGGACAACCGCUGCCAGGCGGCAAGCCUCCUCAGCAGCAGCAGCAGCAACCGCCCCAGCAACAGCAGCAGCCGGGUCCAGGAGGCUCCCCCAACCGGCCGCCGCAGCAGCAGCGCUAUAUUCCCGGACAGCCACCACAGGGACCCACGCCAACGCUGAAUUCGCUUCUGCAAUCCUCGAAUCCGCCGCCUCCGCCCCAGCACCGCUACGCCAAUAGCUACGAUCCCCAACAAGCGGCAGCUUCAGCAGCAGCAGCGGCAGCACAGCAGCAAGCGGGAGGUCCGCCUCCCCCGCCACCAGGCCAUGGGCCUCCUCCGCCACAGCACCAACCGUACGGGGCGCAACAAGGCGGCUGGGCGCCUCCGCCGCGGCCCUACAGUCCCCAGCUAGGACCAUCGCAGCAGUAUAGGACACCGCCACCGACAAAUACUUCCAGGGGUCAGUCACCCUAUCCGCCAGCCCAUGGUCAAAAUUCAGGUUCCUAUCCUAGUUCGCCGCAGCAGCAACAACAGCAACAGCAGCAACAACAGCAGCAGCAGCAGCCACAGCAGGCGGGACAGCAGCCCGGCGGCCCUGUGCCGGGCGGACCACCGCCUGGUGCGGGUCAGCAGCCGCCCCAGCAGAACACACCGCCAACAUCUCAAUAUUCGCCGUACCCGCAACGCUAUCCGACUCCGCCGGGCCUCCCAGCGACCGGGCCCAACCAUCGAACUGCCUACUCGACGCAUCAGUAUCCUGAGCCCAAUCGGCCUUGGCCAGGUGGCUCCUCUCCUAGCCCCGGCCCCGGACACCCCUUGCCGCCCGCUUCUCCGCACCAUGUGCCGCCGAUGCAGCAGCAACAGCCUCCACCGCCACCUCACGCCGUCGUCGGCGGGCCGCCACCUAGCAGCAGUCCGGGCCAUGCGCCCAGUCCGUCUCCACAGCCCUCCCAGGCGUCGCCUUCGCCCCACCAGGAGCUAAUUGGACAGAACAGCAACGACAGCUCCAGCGGCGGGGCGCACAGUGGCAUGGGCUCCGGUCCCCCCGGCACCCCCAACCCCCAGCAAGUGAUGCGACCAACGCCCUCGCCCACCGGAUCCUCCGGCUCACGUUCCAUGUCCCCAGCAGUUGCCCAAAAUCAUCCGAUCUCUCGUCCGGCGAGCAACCAGUCGAGUGGCGGCGGUCCCAUGCAGCAGCCGCCAGUAGGUGCGGGUGGUCCGCCACCGAUGCCACCGCACCCCGGAAUGCCAGGAGUCCCACCUCAGCAGCAGCAAUCUCAGCAGCAACAGGCAUCGAACUCGGCCUCGUCGGCGAGCAAUUCCCCGCAGCAGACGCCGCCGCCGGGUCCACCGCCGAAUCAGAGUGUCAACAACAUGGCCACGCCCCCUCCUCCGCCGCAGGGAGCCACGGGAGGAGGCUACCCAAUGCCGCCACAUAUGCACGGCGGCUACAAAAUGGGAGGCCCUGGGCAGAGUCCCGGUGGUCAAGGCUAUCCGCCGCAGCAGCCACAGCAAUAUCCACCAGGCAACUAUCCGCCACGAGCUCAGUAUCCGCCUGGCGCCUAUGCCACCGGACCUCCGCCGCCGCCCACGAGCCAGGCAGGAGCUGGUGGGGCCAACAGCAUGCCGUCGGGUACCCAGGCCGGAGGUUACCAAGGUCGACCCAUGCCCAACCACAGUGGGCAGUAUCCGCCGUACCAAUGGGUUCCGCCCUCACCCCAGCAACCUGUGCCCGGCGGAGCUCCCGGAAAUGCACAAAUGGGUAACCAUGUGCAGGGAAAAGGAACUCCACCGCCACCAGUUGUGGGCGGACCUCCUCCACCGCAAGGAAGCGGCUCGCCACGGCCACUGAACUAUUUGAAGCAGCAUUUACAGCACAAAGGCGGCUACGGAGGUAGUCCAACGCCGCCACAGGGACCUCAAGGAUACGGAAACGGUCCGACGGGAAUGCAUCCCGGCAUGCCGAUGGGACCACCUCAUCACAUGGGCCCUCCACACGGGCCAACUAGUAUGGGCCCACCUACCAGCACGCCGCCUCAGUCGCAGAUGCUACAGGGUCAGGGGCAGGGACAAGGGCAGACCACCGGCGGUGGUCCGGAAGGCAGCGGCCCGGAGCAUAUAUCCCAGGAUAACGGUAUCAGUUCGUCUGGUCCAACGGGUGCCGCUGGAAUGCAUGCGGUCACAGCGGUGGUUACCACCGGACCAGAUGGCACCCCAAUGGACGAAGUCAGCCAACAGAGCACGCUUUCGAAUGCAUCAGCGGCAUCCGGCGAAGAUCCUCAAUGCACCACACCAAAGUCGCGCAAGAACGAUCCCUAUAGUCACUUACCUCCGCCAAGCACAUCGCCCCAUCCGGUUGUGAUGCAUCCGGGAAGCGGUGGGCCCGUCGAGGAGUACGACAUAAGCUCGCCGCCGAGUUGGCCGCGCCCAGCUGGCAGCCCGCAGGUUUUCAACCAUGUUCCGGUGCAACAGGAGCCGUUCCGUAGCACUAUCACCACGACCAAGAAGUCGGACUCGCUGUGCAAGCUCUACGAGAUGGACGACAAUCCGGACCGGCGCGGCUGGCUGGACAAGCUGCGGGCGUUCAUGGAGGAGCGGCGGACUCCGAUUACCGCCUGCCCCACCAUCUCAAAACAGCCACUCGAUUUAUAUAGGUUAUAUAUUUAUGUAAAAGAACGUGGCGGAUUCGUCGAGGUAUGCAAGGUGACUAAGAGCAAGACAUGGAAGGAUAUUGCCGGGCUCCUGGGCAUUGGAGCGAGCAGCAGUGCGGCGUAUACCCUGCGCAAGCACUACACCAAGAACCUACUGACCUUCGAGUGUCACUUCGACCGCGGCGACAUUGAUCCGGGCCCUAUUAUUCAGCAGGUGGAGGCGGGCAGCAAGAAGAAAACAGCCAAAGCAGCGUCGGUUCCCUCGCCAGGUGGUGGCCAUUUGGAUGCGGGAACCACGAAUUCCACAGGCUCGUCGAACUCGCAGGACUCGUUCCCAGCCCCGCCAGGCUCAGCUCCCAAUGCGGCAAUCGAUGGGUACCCCGGCUAUCCAGGUGGCAGUCCUUACCCGGGUGCCAGCGGUCCUCAGCCGGAUUAUGCGGCCGCGGGCCAGAUGCAGCGGCCGCCCUCUCAAAGUAACCCGCAAACACCUCAUCCUGGCGCCGCCUCCGCUGUUGCCGCAGGCGAUAACAUAAGCGUUAGCAAUCCUUUCGAGGAUUCCGGCCCAGGUGGCGGUCCUGCUGCUGCUCCCGGUGCUGUAGCUGGGGCUGUUUCUGCUGUCGGCGGGGGCCAACCACCACCACCGCCCCAUUCACCGCACGCACCGCCACAGCAGCAACAACAACAGCACCCACACCAUCCCCAGCACCCGGGUCUGGGACCACCUCCGCCACAGCAGCAACAGCCGGGGCAACAGCCAGGGCAGCAACCACCACCGGUGGUGGGCGGUGGGCCAGCACCACCAGCACCACAGCAGCAUGGGCCUGGUCAGGUGCCGCCGUCGCCGCAGCCGCAGCAGCAGCAUGUGCGCCCAGCCGCCGGAGCACCUUAUCCGCCUGGUGGCUCCGGCUACCCAUCGCCCGUGGCUAGAACGCCAGGCUCGCCGUAUCCGUCGCAGCCCGGAGCUUACGGCCAGUACGGUUCUAGCGAUCAGUACAACGCCACUGGACCGCCUGGUCAGCCGUUUGGACAGGGCCCCGGACAAUAUCCGCCGCAGAACCGGAACAUGUACCCUCCAUACGGACCGGAGGGGGAAGCCCCUCCCACUGGUGCCAAUCAGUACGGACCCUAUGGCAGCCGGCCAUACAGUCAGCCGCCUCCAGGAGGCCCGCAGCCCCCGGCACAAGCUGUUGCGGGUGGGCCGCCAGCCAGCGGAACACCUGGAGCGCCUCCAAGCAGCGCGUACCCCACUAACAGGCCUGGGCAGCAGGAAUAUUACCAACCACCACCAGAUCAAAGCCCACAGCCUCGACGGCACCCGGAUUUCAUUAAAGACUCGCAGCCCUAUCCAGGCUACAAUGCCAGACCUCAGAUAUAUGGUGGUUGGCCAGGCGGUAAUCAGCAGUUUAGGCCGCAGUAUCCAGCUUCACCAGCCCCGCAGACCUGGGGAAGUGCUCCGCCGCGGGGAGCUGCGCCACCGCCGGGCGCCCCUCACGGUCCGCCGAUCCAACAACCCGCGGGUGUGGCUCAGUGGGACCAGCACCGAUAUCCACCACAGCAAGCACCGCCACCGCCGGCGCAACAGUCUCAGCAGCAGCAACAGCAACAGCCGCAGCAGCCGCCGUAUCAGCAGGCUGGUGGUCCUCCAGGACAGCAGCAGUCACAGGCACCACCACAAUGGGCGCAACUUAACCCUGGCCAGGCGGCACAGCCCGGCAUCGCCCCACCAGGUUCACCUCUGCGACCACCCUCGGGCCCUCCCGGUCAGCAGCAGCGAAUGUCCGGAAUGCCACCACAGCAGCAAUCACAGCAGCAGCCUGCCCCAGGACAGCAACCUCCGCCUCAACAGGCGACUCCGGGAAUCCCGCAGGUAGGACCCGGUGGAAUGGUUAAGCCGCCAUAUGCGAUGCCUCCCCCGCCCUCUCAGCAAGUAGGCCAGCCGGGAGUGGGCCAGGUGGGAGUGCCACCCGGCGGAAUGAUGGCCCAAAAGCAAGCACCGAUGCCGGGUCAACCUGGAAUGCAGCCGCAGCCUCUGCAACAGCAGCAACAACCACCGCACCAGCACCCACACCCUCACCAACACCCACACCAGCAUCCGCAGCACCCGCAUCCGCAUCAAAUGCCACCAAACCAACAGGUGCCCGGCGGAGGGAUUAUGAUGCCCGGCGGCGGAGGAGCCCAGCUGGUCAAGAAGGAGUUGAUUUUCCCCCUCGAUAGUGUGGAGUCCACAACACCAGUUCUAUACCGUAGAAAGCGUCUGACCAAGGCCGACGUGUGUCCAGUGGACCCGUGGCGCAUCUUCAUGGCGAUGCGCUCUGGCCUGCUCACUGAGUGCACCUGGGCCCUUGAUGUACUCAAUGUGUUGCUAUUCGAUGACACAACUGUGCAGUUUUUCGGGAUCUCGAACCUUCCCGGCCUACUUACACUUCUGUUGGAGCACUUCCAAAAAAAUCUUGCCGAGAUGUUUGAUGAGCGAGAUGGCGAGGAGCAUGCGAGUGAGGAGGCGGAGGCGGCUGAUGACGAUGCCGACAGUGGGACUGUGAUGUGUGACAACCGACAGUCACGAUGUGUUCGGAGUAUCAGCAGCUACAACCGCAAGCGGCACUAUGAAAACAUGGAUCGUGGAGCAAAAGGGGUCGGAAACGCCAGCGACUCUGAGGACGCCGACGAGGGCAUCGAUCUUGGCCAGGUCCGAGUACAACCUAAUCCGGAGGAACGCUCACUGCUACUCUCGUUCACUCCAAAUUACACGAUGGUAACGCGGAAAGGUGUUCCCGUGCGAAUCCAGCCCGCCGAUCAUGAUAUCUUUGUAGACGAGCGCCAGAAAGCGUGGGACAUCGACACGAAUCGGCUUUAUGAGCAGCUGGAGCCAGUUGGAAGCGACGCUUGGACCUUCGGGUUUACAGAACCAGAUCCUCUGGACGGCAUCAUUGACGUCUUCAAAUCGGAGAUAGUAAACAUUCCAUUUGCACGCUACGUUCGCUCUGAUAAGAAGACGAAAGCGCCCAAGAAACCGGAGAUCAAAAAGGAGGAAAACAGCGCGGAAGAGGAACAGAACACGUACAAUAAGAAGCGACGUUUGGUUAGCGGCGGUAGUAGCAAUGAUGGUGGAAAGAAGUCCAAGCUGUCCAGCGAAGAGUUUGUUCAGCCGAACGCUGAAGUGAAGAAGGAGCCGGCCGACAGCGACUGCCGGACCAUCGACAUGGAGAUCGACGAGUCACCGCAACGUUUGACGAACGGCGUGGCUCCAUCCACACCACAGGACGGAUUUGAUCCUCGAACAACAGUAAGGGACGCUGCCCAUGUUUUGCAGAGGAGACGGGAUUCCAGUUACGAAGAUGAAUGCUACACGCGGGAUGAGGCUUCACUGCAUUUGGUAAACGAGAGCCAAGACUCGUUGGCGCGUCGCUGCAUUGCAUUGUCAAAUAUCUUCCGCAACCUGACGUUCGUGCCUGGCAACGAAACGGUGCUCGCCAAGUCGACCAGGUUCCUGGCUGUCCUAGGUCGUUUGCUGUUGCUGAACCAUGAACAUCUGCGGCGAACUCCCAAAACGAGAAACUACGACCGGGAGGAAGACACCGACUUCAGCGAUUCAUGCAGUUCGCUGCAAGGGGAGCGCGAGUGGUGGUGGGACUAUCUGAUCACCAUUCGUGAAAACAUGUUAGUGGCCAUGGCUAACAUAGCUGGGCACUUGGAGCUGUCACGCUACGAUGAACUCAUUGCACGUCCGCUUAUCGAUGGACUACUGCAUUGGGCGGUGUGUCCCAGUGCCCACGGCCAGGAUCCUUUCCCGUCAUGUGGCCCCAACUCUGCGCUGUCGCCGCAACGUCUGGCGCUAGAGGCUCUCUGUAAACUGUGCGUCACGGAUGCUAAUGUGGAUCUUGUUAUAGCCACGCCUCCGUUUUCCCGAUUGGAGAAGCUAUGCGCCGUGCUAACCCGUCACCUGUGCCGCAAUGAGGAUCAGGUGCUGCGAGAGUUCUCGGUAAAUUUGCUUCAUUACCUGGCAGCAGCCGACAGUGCUAUGGCCCGCACGGUGGCGCUACAGUCCCCCUGCAUCUCCUACUUGGUGGCGUUCAUCGAGCAAGCGGAACAGACAGCGCUGGGAGUGGCCAAUCAGCACGGAAUAAACUACCUGCGCGAGAACCCGGAUUCGAUGGGCACCAGCUUGGACAUGUUACGCAGGGCGGCUGGCACUCUACUUCAUCUGGCCAAGCAUCCUGAUAACAGAUCACUCUUUAUGCAACAGGAGCAAAGGCUCCUGGGCCUGGUCAUGUCACACAUUUUGGAUCAACAGGUGGCUCUAAUUAUCUCGCGAGUGCUCUAUCAAGUCUCCCGAGGAGCUGGUCCCAUGCACUCUGUGGAGUUUAGAUUACUGCAGCAGCGCCAGCAGCAGCUUCAAAGACCCGGCGGAGCGGAGAAGCCAGCUUCGACGGCAGCAAGCGGAAGUGGAGCAGCUGGGACUGCAGUGAAAGUUGAGCCAGCAGUGACAUCGGAGCCAAUCGAAUCAAAGCCUCCGGCGGUGGUAAAUGAUGAGAACAGCAACAGCAGCCAACAGCUACCGCCGGCAGCGACCUUCAACGACGUAAGCAACAGCAGCACCAACAGCAAUAGCUGCGGCACAGUCAGCAGCAACCAAACCAACAACAGCUCCAGCAACAGCACCCACAGCAGCAGUGCGGUAAGCAGUCAGUCAGCAAACACCACAUGUCCUCCGGCCACAGGAGGAACAUCCGUGACGGCGGCAGCAGCCGCGGCAGCUGCCAUUGUCAAUGACCAGCAGCAGGUGAGCAAAGUAGCUGCAGCUCUGAGCAGUGCCACUGCAGCGGCGGCAGUAGCAGCAGCGGCUGCGUCCGCCUCAUCGGCCCAGCCUGCAACUCCAGCGGUCGCACAACCAGCGGCACCACCUCCAACCAAUACCGGAACCACGACUGCCGUUGCGUAGUAUACGACAAUGAUGCCAGCGUCCUACUACUGGCCACGAACUCCAAGAGGGGCAGUCGACUGAACUGGAAGCGAAGAUGGACGAUCGGAAGCAAGCUCCAAGGUGCACACGAAAACGGAGGCGCAACGAUCUGCAGUCAAAGCAUGUAAAUUUACUUAAAAGAGAGUCGCCCGGGGGAGAAAGAAGCAGCCAAGCAGCUCCAAGUAGAUGUCUGGAAUGGGAAUAUUGGUGAAGGCCAGGCCCCGUUCCUGCAGCAGUCAAUACAAUAACAACUGUAUAUUUUUUCACUCAAAUCUAAAACUAGUAAAUACGGAAUGAAUUAAGCCUAAGCAUUAAGCAAUUAUGCAAUUGCAGGAGAAACAUUAUAAUAGUAGGAUCGUUGAACUAACCGGUCUGUAGGGGAUUGGAAUUCGAUCAGCGGACGGAGUCGAUGUCGAUGACGAUGACGAUGACGGAGGGAGAAGCGAAAUUCAAGCACACAGCAUACUUAUUGUAUUAAAUUUAAUAAACAAAGGGUUAAGACGUUAGAAACAAAAGUUAAAUCCGGAGGAAGAAUAACUAACACAUACAUAUGCAUACGCACGCUAUGGUUUAUCAUAUAUUAAAUAUAUAUAUAAAUAAAUGCAUAAAUUAACAUAACACUACACUAGGAUGAGUUGUGUAUGUAAACGGGAUGAAUACAUACAUACAUACGUACAUAUAGACAUUGAUAUAAAUACAUAGAACAUAGUUUUUAAACUCUACCAUUUACUACUACCUACAUAUUACGAGAAUGUGCAGCCGAAACUCAUAUAGUGAACAAAGUGAACAGCAGAAUCCGCAGCAAGGAGCAACCGGAAACAUAAAGCCCAAUAGCUUUAUGAACAAUUACUGCACUACAGUUUAUGGAUUUUAGCGGAUUAAAUCUAAAAGGAAGCAACAAACGAAGAUAGAUAGACUAGACGAUGGUGGAACAUUAAAACAAUUGUACAUACUUAACUAUUAUGUAAAUUUCACUGUAUUUUUUGUUUUUUUUACGCAAUGUUACAAGGCACAUGUAAGUGGCAGCACUGCAUUUCGUAUUAUAUAUAUAUAUAUAUUAACACCUAUUUGUAUGUAUGUGUCUAUGUAUAUGUAUGUGUUUGGGCAGUGCUAAAAUUCCAUUUCCCUGGAUAUCUGUAUCCUUGUAGCUACAAAGAGCUACAGAACCGAAUCGAAACAAGAGAGUACUACAACACAAAUAAAAACAAAAACCAAUUAAUGCAAACGAAAUAAUUUAAAAAUAAAUCAAAUUAGGUGAUAUAAAUAUAUAAAUAUACAUAACAUAUACAUACAUAUUGCAAAACAAAAUUAAAACUAACAAAAUCGAGAAGAAACACCCUAUUACUGUACUUUUAUGUUAAUUGUAUUAUUUGCUGGAAGUGCUGCUGCUUCAUUUUAUUUUAUAUCGAACUUAAGGCGUAAAUGACAAGAUAAAUAAUUAGGUUUUUAUCUUAAUCUUAAUUUAAAAUACUGAAUAAAUAAAAAUAAAACGAAGAAAACAAAAAUAAAAACAAAAACAAAACCCAUAAAAUGCUACAAAACACAAAGCGAAGCGAAGCAAAUCGAACUAAAGCUGUAGAGAAGCACGCAAAACGACUUAUUAACAAACACACCCAACAUCAAGCUUGACGUUAGGAAAUCAUUAAGAAACCCCAUGGAAAACAUUGCAACCCAACCAACCAGACGGGUGCACCAAUUUGUAUACUAAACUGUCUUACAUAUAAUAAUUACCGUGCUACAUAAGAAAGAACGAACAUGAACUGUCUCCCAGAUUUUCCAGCAACUCAUCCGUAAUCCUCCAGAUUCUGUGGGAUUGCCGAAGAGGGUGUGGAUUUUGGGAGUUGAGGUACUAGGAAAGUGCUGCUGUUGAUACGUGUAUUCGUGUAGUUGUUUGCAAACAAAAUAUUAUAACUCAGCAUCUCGAUAUCGAUAUAUAACGUGUAGUUAUUAGUGUAUAAUUUGCUAGGAUGUAAAUGUAUGUCCCUCAAACUUAAUUUAAUUAUUUAAAUAAUAUACAUACAUAUAUAAUAUACAA